CGCGCUUCCGUGGGCAUAUCCUGCUGGCGCUGCAGCCUGAAAGCAUUUCUAGAGGUACUGGACUGGACAACUCGCUAAUUAAAUGGUCUCGACGUCCUGUAGAAAUUAGUUUCAAAGGCACACAUAGUUGCCGGGUAUCUUCAGGUGUCUUCUCGUCUCCAAAGCCUGUCCCCUGCACUUGGCCAUGGUGGAUGUGAGUAAGUGGCCUCUCUUCACCCUCUUGAGUGCACAGGAGCUCGCCUCCAUUCGACAGGCAUGCAUCUUUGGAGUAGCUGCUAAUGAGGCCAUCUACAUCACCCACAAUGACGAAGUGUAUGUGUUAGGUGUGAACUGCAGUAACUGUCUGGGCACUGGAGACAGUCAGAGCACCAUUGUUCCUAAAAAGCUGGACUGUCUCAGUGGAAAGAAGCUGGUCAGUUUGAGCUAUGGCAGUGGUCCUCAUGUUCUGCUGGCCACAGACGAGGGGGAGUUGUAUGCAUGGGGGCAUAAUGGAUACAGUCAGUUGGGCAAUGGGACGACCAAUCAAGGUGUGUCUCCCGUUCUGGUGUCUGCUAACCUGCAGAACAAGAGGGUGACUGAGGUGGCCUGUGGUUCUCACCACUCUUUGGCUCUGACCCAUGAGGGUGAGGUGUUUGCAUGGGGCUACAACAACUGUGGUCAGGUGGGUUCAGGGUCCACUGCCAACCAGCCAACACCUCGUAAGGUGUCCAACUGCCUGCAGAACAAAGUGAUGGUUAGUAUAGCCUGUGGACAGACUUCAUCCAUGGCUGUGGCGGAUAAUGGUGAGGUUUAUGGCUGGGGUUACAAUGGUAAUGGCCAGCUGGGGUUGGGGAACAAUGGGAACCAGCUGACUCCGUGUCGUCUGAUUGCACUACAAGGCCUCUGUGUGCUGCAGAUUGCCUCAGGUUACGCUCAUUCUCUAGCACUGACUGAUGAGGGCCUGCUGUAUGCAUGGGGUGCAAACACUUACGGCCAGCUGGGCACCGGCAACAAGAGCAACCAGCUCAGCCCUGUUCAGGUCAUGACUGAGAAAGAAAGGAUUGUGGAGAUCGCCGCCUGUCACUCCACACACACCUCUGCAGCGAAGACCCAGAGCGGUCAGGUGUACAUGUGGGGGCAGUGCCGCGGACAGCCCAUCGUGCUGCCACACCUCACACACUUCACCAGCACGGACGACGUCUUCGCCUGCUUCGCCACGCCCUCUGUCAUGUGGCGGCUGCUUGCCAUGGAGCAUGAUGAUUUCCUGACUGUGGCCCAGUCGCUUAAAAAAGAGUUUGACAAUCCAGAGACCUCUGACCUCAAAUUCAGCAUCGACGGGAAGUACAUCCAUGUCCAUAAAGCUGUUCUCAAAAUCAGGUGUGAGCACUUCAGAUCAAUGUUUCAGUCACACUGGAAUGAGGAUAUGAAGGAGGUGAUCGAGAUCGACCAGUUCUCGUACCCAGUGUACCGCUCUUUCCUGGAGUUCCUCUACACUGACAGUGUGGAUCUUCCUCCUGAGGAUGCCAUCGGGUUACUGGAUCUGGCAACCUCAUACUGUGAAAACAGGCUGAAGAAGUUGUGCCAGCAUAUCAUAAAGAGAGGCAUCACGGUGGAGAACGCCUUCUCUCUGCUGUCUGCUGCCAUCAGAUAUGAUGCUGAGGAUCUAGAGGAGUUCUGUUUUAAAUUCUGUGUGAACCACUUGACUGAGGUCACGCAGACAGCUGCGUUCUGGCAGAUCGACGGCAACAUGCUGAAGGAGUUUAUCUGCAGAGCCAGCCACUGUGGAGCCUUCAAAAACUGACUCUGACGUCCACACACACACACACACACACAACCCAUCUGUUACUGCAGUCAGUCCUCUUCACAGCUAGUGGGCGCUGUUACAGCAGACGGUCACUGACACAGCGCCCUCUGUUGAGCACGAGAGAAACUCUUUUAUGAUGGUCAAUGUCUGUUUAUCUCAUUCUCAUGUACAACCAUUUCACAUUAAGGUUCUGCACAACUUUUUGGGAAAGACGUGUUGCCUGCUACUAGUAACAAAUUCUAGUGCCUCUCAUGAGAAUAGUGUUUGCAUAAAAAAAGUCAGGGUGAGUUUGGGCCAAAAAGAGGCAUAUUCCACUUAAACAUGCACCACUUAAAAACAGACCUUAUACUUUUUCACCGAAAA